AUGGUUUUGCGGGGGGAGAAAACGGGCUACCUGUCACUGCAUCCCUUUCCCACCUCUGAUGUACACCUGUGGGGCACUGCCCCAGGCAACCCCAACACCAGGACAGUUCUGCCUGGUAAGUAUGACUAAAACUUAGCUGCUUGCACCUCUCUCUCUCUCUGGAACAGAGGGGGGGAUUGGGGAGGGGGGAGAAAAGCAAAACCUCUCAUCUUUUUUCUUCCCCUUGCAACUGGGACAGAAAGCUGAUGAGCGUCAGGUUUUGACAGCAGGACCCAAAGCUUUCGUACAACUUCUUAAAACAGGACUUCUUCCAAGUGGGGAAAUGACAGCUUAAUCAAAUUACUCUUUUGGUGCUCUGAAAGCUGGGAACCGUACCACUCUUCCCGCAAACCCACCUACUGGAUCAAAGUAGCAGUAUCUAUCCUGACUAUAUACCCCCAUCCUUGGGCAGGCUUCCUUAGCAAGAACUGCGCACACUGUCUGACACCAUGCCAUGCUUUUCAACUUAAGACCUGUUAAACUAGAGAGGAGCCCUGCCGGCUUUAAGGACACUUUUCAAGAAACUUCCAAGUUGCAGAGCUGUAGAGCAGUAAACUUUCGUCCCUAGGGGGAGCGAGGGGGGAAGAAAAGGGGAAAACACACGCUGCUUCUAUUUGUCUCCUUCCACCUUAAAUGGCUCUCGGGCUCAGAGCACCACCCUUGUUUGGGGUUCUUCUGACUGCGAAUCCUCCUCCCACCAAACCCACCCAUCUGCCCCCUCCUCCAAAAAGCUGCCUGGGGUAACCCCACCUCCCAGCUUCCUCUCCCAUCGCAAUCCCAGCCUCACGUCAGAGCCCUGCAGUUCCCCUGUUAAGUCUCCUUGGCUGGACACUGCUCAUGUGUUUGUCAAUGGGAAUAGGAGGGAGAGAAGGACUUGGCUCUAAUGACCUUUGGGAGAAAAAAACCCCAGAAUUUGCUAAUGAUCACUGCUUGUUCCUGGCAGAUCCUUGCCCCCCCCAACCCUCCUUUCUCCCUCCCCGCAUUGCUUUUCCCUCUUCCCCAUCAAUCAAAACGAGCUCUCCUCAAAAGUGAAUCCUUUGAUUUUUGAUCUACUGCUCUAGCCUCUGAACACAAUGGCAAUUCCUUAACUUUUGUAUCGCUUUUUUUAAAAAGAGUGCUUUGUAAAUAAGGUGGGGGGGGAGGGAGAGAUGCUGAAGGAAGGAAAGCAGCCAGUUCUGAUAUCCAUCUGCAAACAACUUUUAACAAACAGGAGUUUUGCUUUGUUUAAAAGCCUUAUCUUUAGCUUCAGCACUCCUCCUACAUGCAGACAGGUUCCAACAGAGCCACAGGGCAAGGAUGUUUAAAAAAAAGUGUGACAUAAUCCCAAGCAUCCCCAAAUGUGGUUCAGAAUCAAGGGCUGAGAAUGAAUUCCUUCCACCCCACCCCUGCCCCUAUAAACAACAAGAGGGGCUGUCCAUCUUGUGACAGCAAAACUCCAUCCACAGCCAAGACCAGCAAGGAAGGCCACUUAACUUACCAUCCCAGAACAGAGGCUGAUGACUGCUGUGUGCCGGGGCUCGGUGUUGACAUGUCCUUUGUAGAAACAGUGCUUAAUGUCACUUUCCUCCUCCUCGGUGUAAAAGUUUGUUUGGUUAACCUCAGGUACUCCCAGGAGGCUGACAGUGAAGAGAGGAGCAAUAAAUCCCGAAUGGGCUGUAAGGUUGAAAAAGAAGUGUUGCCCAAAGGCUGUGAGCCUAUAGUGCGCUUGGACGGCACUGGAAGAUGGGGAGGAGGAGGAGGUAGCAACCGGGCCCCAGGCCUCAGCGUCCAAAUGGAGACUCCGCUUCUUCCUUCGAAAGUGGACCUUGGGAGGGAAGGGCUCUCCAAACUCAUUCACCCGGGUGGGGGUCACUAUCUCGUACUCACUCAGAGUCUCCAGCAGUUUAGCUGUCGAGAGGGAACAAAACAGAUCCCCUGUGAGCGGAUGCAAGUGUGCGCGUCUGUGCACUAUACAAUAUUAUUUCCACCCCGUGGGACUGUGAGAAAUCCAGCACCAAGGGAAACCAGCAACUGCCCCAUAGAGGGGCCAUUUCCUUAUCUGUGGGAAAGACACAGUAAGUGACUGUGGAAGGUGCUUUUUCUGAACACUGCCCAUCUUUCUCAAGAGUUUUAAGAUCUCCCUUGCCUCAUUCACUUGAACUAACUGAUGUGCAUUCUGCAAACGCUCACAAAGGUAAAGGAGGCUGGCGGUUUAGAGCAAUAGGGCAGAGGCUGCCUGUGAGGGGGGGAAAAACUUUCCGCUCUUAUGUAACCAUGCUAAGCACUGCGAACAGCACAUGCACUCGGCAGCAACUGCACAAACGGGACAUAAAAUUCCUUAACCACCGCAAAAUGCACACAGGUAUAUAUGAAUGUAUGUGCACCGCAAGGUUGACAUCUCCUAAAACCCUAUGCGGCUCUGGAAAGAAAGCACUUAGUUCUGGGCCACUGCAAACAGCAUCCUUCUGAGGCUGAGCCAAGCAGUUCAGUUCAGCCCAAGGAAACGUUCAGGAGGUGAGCGAAUUAACAGGUUUGCUAACAGGAGCUCCCUUCCCCCCCCCCCGCCCUCCCCAAUGCAAAAGUUUUGCCUUUAAACACUGAGCACAAAAAGAGCCAACAGAAAUGUCCAGCUGUUUGCAGCAGAAGUACACAUGGCACAAGUGCUGGAGUUUUAGGUUUUUGGUUUUUUUAGUAAAAAAAUGUUUAGGGAGGCUGCUUUCCAGCCACAGGCAGCGAAAGAGAAAAGCAAAGCAGGCUGAACUACCGACAGCAAUGUUGCGGGGCUGCAAGUGUUUCGAAAUCUUAAGCACAGCAUACAUAUAUUUGUAGGCGGAGCUGCUAGCAGACUGGAUACGUCUGGAGCUCCAAUUGCUUAGGAACGCUUUCUGCGCUUUGCAGAUUUGCCUCCCCGCGUUGAAAAGAAAAGCGUGACACCCCCUUCAGCCCACCCCGCCACGAGCAAAGCAAUGCCAAACUUAAAAAGGAAAAGAAAAUUAUUUUUAUUUUAUUUUUUUAAAAAAGAAAUUAUUUCAGGCGCUGCUGUAUCUUACCUUGUCUCAGAUGCAACCUUUCCUUCCUUGCUGCUGCACCGGCUACAUUCAAGAAGUCUUGCAGGAAGAGCGUGCUUAAUCCCACUGCCCAUAACACAAGCUGCAUGGUGGUUUGUGCCGCUCCGUUGCAGCGGGUCAGCCUUUCCACACCCCCGUUUCGUCCCCUUCUUUCGCCUUCUUGCUGCUUGGAGGUGGGGUGGGGGGGAGCGAGGAGAGCGGGGGGGGGGUGUUGGAGCCAAAACUUCAGAGAGAGCUUUUUCCCCCACUCUCCUUGGCUGCCUCCCCUCCUCCCUCCCUCUCUCCUUCUUCCCUCCCUCCCUCCUCCUCCUCCACCUCCCGCAACUUCACUUUUAUUAAACGUGGGGAUCCCUCCGAUCCGAGUCGCUUUCUGCUGUGGCCACCACUGCCCGCUCUGGAGAGUUGUUGAUCGGCAGGAGCGGAAAGACUCGAGCGCGGUGGAUCGGGUGCACCAUAGUGCAGGGAAGAGGGGCUGGCGUGCGGGGGGGGGGGGCGGGAAAGACGCCGCUGCACUUUUGGUGGGCUGCCUCCUUUGCUCUCCCACCCACCCCUCUCUCCCUCUCCCCCCCGUUUGCCUGCCGGACUAGAGAGUGCUUGGGAACCACUUUAGGAUACCGGAGUAGGGGCGGGAUCGCAGAGAUCAAAUGCCCGGAGAUCCCGCCUCCCUUUAAGGAGGGGAUUGAGAGAGAAGGAGUUGGUUGCGUGCGUGCGUCCGUGUCCCCCGCGUUACUUGCGAGAAGAGUGUCCCGCAGCGGGGCUCUGGGAUUCGCCUUUCCAAAUGAAACGUUGGUUCUUGCAGGUUCGGGUGGAAAUCGAAAGGGCUGGGCCUCCUUCCGAAACCGAGCCCAAAAGGCACGAGAGAUCCGAGAUCUUAAGCUUUUGGAAGAGCGAUCAGGGCCGGGGUUGGGGGUGGUGGCGGCUGAAUUCUGCAGCCAGGACUGCCAAUAAAUGUGGCACAAUAUAAUCAUUUCCACAAAAAGUUUUUAGUGGCCCGCUCUUCGGUUUCCUUUUGUGCACUCCUCCUUCGUCACUCACUCUCUCUCUCUCUCCACCCCUGUCUGCUGAAAGCCAAAACUGCCCGCUUGAAUUACUCCCCUUCUCUAUAAUUUGUUUUCUUCCAAAAGGAAGGAGGAAGCUACUUUGAAAAGUAUAGGCGGCAGCAGGCAAGCUUCGCACCUAUUUAUCGUUCCCUGGACUGAGAGUUAAUCUGGAACAAUCGCGCGCAUUAUUAACACUUUAUGGAGUGUGGAAAAACCCUUUGUCGCUUCCUUUGAUACUGAGAGAGAAAGAAGGGGGGGGGGAGGUCACCAGCCACAAGAAUCUUACCUUUCUCCCUUGGUUUUUUGUUUAUUCGCUGCUUAUUUGGAUUUUUUUGUUGUUAGUUUUUCUUGGUGAAACCUCUUGCAAAGUAAAGCUUUAUUUAUAACAAGAUAAACUUCCUUGGAAGUAAGCCCCAUUCAUUGUGAUUUACUCCGGAGUAAACUUCCACAACAUGAGUUGCAUAAUUCAAAGGAAGUCAAAGUUCACGCUUGAUAGGGUGAUUCUAUGGCCCAGCUAGGUGCUGCCAUUAUAUAGGAACCUACAGUGAUUUAACUACUAGGGACCCUGAGGUUCUCCAAGCUGUGUCUAAAGCACAGGAAACAGCAGCAGCAGCAAAAAGAAAAGGGGGGGCGGUACAAUGAAAAAUGACAGCCACCCCCAGCUAUUGCUAUCAUGGCAUAUGCUGAUGAUAUCACCACAAUACCAAUACAUGUGUGACACCAAUCAAAAGCUGGCGACAGCUCCCACUGGCCAAUCAACAUAUGGCACCAGUGGAACACCAAGGUGAUGCCACUCAAACCAGAAUAAUACAGAAUGGUAGUUAAUGAUGAGUUAAAGCAGGCAUAGGCAAACUCAGCCCUCUAGAUGUGUUGGGACUACAACUCCCAUCAUCCCUGACCACUGGUCCUGUUAGCUAGGGGUGAUGGGAGUUGUAGUCCCAAAACAGCUGGAGGGCCAAGUUUGCCUAUGCCUGAAUUAAAGUAUGACUUGUAGUACAGUACAGUGGUACCUCAGGUUCGUUCGUUCUGGAGGUAUAUUCUUAACCUGAAACUGUUCUUAACCUGAAGCACCACUUUAGCUAAUGGGGACUUCUGCUGCCGCGCUGCCGGAACACGAUUUCUGUUCUCAUCCUGAAGCAACGUUCUUAACCCGAGGUACUAUUUCUGGGUUAGCAGAGUCUGUAACUUGAAGCGUAUGUAACCUGAGGUACCACUGUAUAAUGUGGAAGUGUGGCUUGUGUGUGGGAUUGGGUACUGUACUAAUCCCCCUUAAAUGAGGAUAGCACUGCAAAGACCCUUCAAAAUCAACCGACUUUCAGUUUUAAUAACUAAAGCUGAAACAUGCUGAUUAUUUUCUUUCUCACAUUUUUCGGGGGGGGGGUAGUAUAUAUAUAUUUGUCAUCCUCACAACAGUUCUGUAAAGUGGGUUAGACCUGCCUCACCAAAGAGUUUGAACUACAGCCGGCAUAGGCAAACUCUGCCCUCCAGAUGUUUUGGGACUACAAUUUCUAUCAUCCCUGACCACUGGUCCUGCUAGUUAAAGAUGAUGGGAGAUGUAGUCCUAAAACAUCUGGAAGGCCGAGUUUGCGUAAGCCGGGACUAUAUCUUCCUCCAGCCAUCCAGCAAGUGCUUGGGUUGACAAAGGCUUGGUUAUACUAGAAGCAUCUUGCUAGAGAUCAUCUUGGGAACUUCUGGCUAAACCCUUUGUCCCCCUUUGACAGUAGAGUGUUUUAAAAUGCAUGGUGUGAACAUGACUAGGAGUUUGGCUUGUUAAAAACCCUCUUCUCGUGUUACUUGUGCGAAGGGGCAACAUGGACACAAAAUGGUGGUGGUGGGGUCACAGCUCCUCUACCCACCUCAUAUUGUUGAGGGUUAACUUCCAAGGUGGGGAACCUUCCUCUCUGUGUAGAUUCCCUGUGUGAUUUUAUAUAUAUUUAUUAAGUUUUCAAUUUUAUUUUCAACAAAAUCAUUAUCACAUAUAACAUAUAUAGAACCCCCUCCCAUGGCUUCCCUCAGCUUCCCCUUCUUGUUCUUUAAAUAUUGCUUGUCCUGCCUAAUUUGUUGUACAUUAAUUUUGUAAUCUUUUAAUUAAAUAUUGUUAUAUUCUUAUGAUUUUUAUGCCCUAUUUCCCAAGUCACAUCUUAUGUUUUAUUAUUUACCCCUUUAUUGUCUCUUAACUUUUUUUGUUUAUUUUCUUAAUUGUAAGUGUUUACUCAAACCCUGCUUGUGAGUCCACUUCUUUGCAAUGUUUCUGUAGAUUCACCAUAAACAGAGUCCUUUUUAAAGUCUCUGUUGUCCUUGUCUCUUAGUUUCCCAGUAAGUUUCACCAUUUCAGCGUAUUCCAUCAGCUUUUCUUGCCAUUCUUCUUUGGUUGGUAUCUUGUCGUCUUUCCAUUUGGAGGCUAGUAGCAUCCUAGCCGCUGCUGUAGCGUACAUAAAGAGUUUCUUCCAUUCUUUUGGCAAGUCUUGGCCUGUAAUGACUAACAGAAAAGCUUUCGGUCUUUUCCCAAAAAUUAUCUUAAACAUUUUUUUUUCAUUUCAUUAUAAAUCAUUUCCCAAUAGCUUUUGAUUACUUUACAAUUCCACCACAUGUGGUAAAACGUGCCUUCUUUCUCUUUACACUUCCAACGCUUAUUAGAACUUGUUCUAUACAUUUUUUGCUAUUUUAACAGAUUCCCUGUGUGAUUUAGACCCUUGAAAGAUCAGAGUCCUAAAUCACAUGGGGAGCCCAUGUGGAUAGAAAAGGUGCCCUCGAAAAAUUAAGCCUCAACAUGGGAGAGGUUGGGUGGAGCCAUGUAACCUUGGAGACAGGACUAAACGCCUCACACACACACACACACACACCCCCACGUUGCCCUUUCAGGCAAGAAAUGGGUGAACAGGCUCUAAAUACCCUAAUAUUACGGACCCAGUCAAUGGCUUGCUUUUUCUACCUGCCUAAGCUGGAAAAACAACAAUAGGGUCAUCAAGCACUAGACAGACCCCGUAGCCCAGCAACACAAUUCUGGUGAGUUGCGUAUAGGUCACAAGUUGAGCAGGUGUGGUUUGAUAAGGUUUGCAGCUUCAAUGCAGGACAAGGGUCCUAUUCAUAGGUUUCUCAUCUUGUAGAGCAGGCCUGAGGGGAGAAAACCUCAUUUGCUGAAAUUUGCCCUUCUGGGAAACGGUUUCCACCAGCCAUUUCAAGCAAGGGUAUUUGACCCUCUGCUCUCCGUGGUAAACUUAAUGCGGGGGGUGGGGGUGGGCAGUAAAUGGAAGAAAAUAAAAGCAGCGAAUAAAAUACAAUGAGAAGAAGCAGCAUUCAGUCCCAAGCUAGGGUAUUUGUUUUUUCUAGUAAAUAAUCCAAGUUGCACUACGCAGAGUUUAGGUAAAUCUGUCGGGUUAAGGGAGGUCAGUAAAUUAAUGUAACAAGGUUUUUAUCUAUAUUUUUAUCGCGCGCGCGCGCACACACACACACACUACAGUGCUAUUUCUCUAGAAAAAGAGGUGCCAGAACUCACCAUGAACACCUCCCUUGUUCUCUUAAAAUGGCAAUGGAGCCCGCCUGAGAAGUGCUGGAAUUGAGUUCCCUUGAGUUCUGGCUGAAAAAAGCCAUUGGGGAUAGGGGAGAAAUUCAUUUCAAUUCAAAGAGAAGCUACCAAAUCUGCAUCUUCCAAGACAAUAUGGGAACCAUAGCACAGCUACCUUUCAAAAUUUGCACUUUGAAUUUUACAGUGCAGUUCUCCUGCUAGGUAACAUGCACAAUAAUGCAUGUAGGGCAAGGAGUGCAUUAGAAUGCAUACAUUAGUGAAUGCAUAUUAGGGGAAAUAGCAUUGGAAAAUGUAUGUAUUGGGAAAAAUAGCGCCAAAAGGCUGUUGCAUUUUCUAGAGGACUUUUAAAAAUGCGAAUUGGUGUGGAAAUAUGGAGAACCGAAGUUGGAAACAUGGAGAAACCAUAAUCUAUCUAUUUCAUUAAAAUUAUACUCCACUUGACUGUUAAAAACCCCCCAACAACCUCAGUUUACAAAAAGACAAAUCAAGAAAAUCAAGAAAAAUUCACAACCAUACUUAGAAACACACUAAGUUGAAAAUACUAAAACGGAUUAAAAUUAUCUCAACUUCCUAAGAAUCUAAGCAGGUAAAGGUAAAGGGACCCCUGACCAUUAGGUCCAGUCGUGACCGACUCUGGGGUUGCAGCGCUCAUCUCGCUUUAUUGGCCGAGGGAGCCGGUGUACAGCUUCCGGGUCAUGUGGCCAGCAGGACUAAACCACUUCUGUCGAACCGGAGCAGUGCAUGGAAACACCGUUUACCUUCCCGCCGGAGCGGUACCUAUUUAUCUACUUGAAAGGUGCUUUUCAACUGCUAGGUUGGCAGGAGCAGGGACCGAGCAACGGGAGCUCACCCCAUCGCGGGGAUUUGAACUGCCGACCUUCUGAUUGGGAAGUCCUAGGCUCUGUGGUUUAACCCACAGCGCCACCCGCGUCCCCAAGAAUCUAAGUAGGCUUGUCUAAAUGAGAAUGUUUUUAGCAGACAUCAAAAAGUACAGUGAUGGCGCCUGCUAGAUCUCAACAGGCAGGGAGUUCCAAAGUUCAGGUGCCGCCAUACUAAAUGACCGAGUCCUUACAAAUGUGGAAAUGAGUAGUGAUUGCCCCCUCCCUGCAUGGUAUGUUACCAUUGUAACCAGUUUACUAAUGCGGUAAGUACAGUGGUACCUCGGGUUAAGUACUUAAUUUGUUCCGGAGAUCCGUACUUAACCUGAAACUGUUCUUAACCUGAGGUACCACUUUAGCUAAUGGGGCCUUCUCCUGCUGCUGCGCCGCUGGAGCACGAUUUCUGUUCUCAUCCUGAAGCAAAGUUCUUAACCCAAGGUACUAUUUCUGGGUUAGCGGAGUCUGUAACCUGAAGCGUAUGUAACCCAAGGUACCACUGUAAUUGUGGUUGAUUUCAGCUGACCUUAUUGCUACAGAAUAGCCAUGCCACAAAAAAACUAGAAGGACAUGCAAUUCACAGUGUCGUUCUUGUACAGGGACGAUUGACUGCCACUGCCAACGUGCCCAGUGAAUGCUCCUUUGACUUUCCACAACCCAUCGCAAAUCCCACAUGGUUUAUAUAUCGGUACAGAAUUAACCUCGACUGAAUUAACUUUUGGUGAUGACAAGGACAAUACAAUGCUCUGAAGAAGAGCAGGAUUUUAAAGUGCCUAAGUUUGCCUGGAUAGUUCAAACAAUAAUAGUAAUGAUAUUGCUUUUAUAGCUUCUCCUGUCCAUUGGAACAUAAGGCACUCCAUGUGAAAAAGCACAAUAAAAUCCAUUAUAAUCCAUUGCAAUCUUAUUUCCAGAUUAUUUCGAAAGAUGUGUGCUAUGUAUUAGCUAUGCUUCCUUGGGCUUUUUAGCUUGCUGAAAGCUUAGAGCAAGCAUUUACAUUAGUAAGCAAAAUGCUGAUGUUGAUGUUGUUGUUGUUAUUUUCAAGGGGUGCAGAAAGAAAUUAGCCAUUGAAAUAAUCCCCUGUUCACCCACAUAAAAAUAUUCCCAUCUUAAAAAGUUUUUAUUAUUAUUAUUAUUAUUAUUAUUAUUUCUGCACUCCUUUCCCAUCUUCAUAAAUAUACACAAGGAGGCUUACAAUAAUGUACAAAACAGCAGCACAAUAAAGCCACAUAAUUAAAACUAAAAGCAGGUUAAAAGGCAGCAGCAGCAGCGAUCAAAAUGACACUUUUAAGAGCAGUGCUCAGGGAAAGCUUGUACAAUUGUAUUCCCUGCCCGUCUAAAAGCAAACAGCUGUGUGCCAAAUAGACCUCCUUAGAAAGGUUAUUUCAGAUUUAAGAUGAAAAGGCCCUGUCCCAAGUACCAGGCUCAGCACCAGUAGUCAGGCUGGCACUGCAUUACCUUUCACACUGACUCAAUGCAAAUCUUUAUCAUGGUCAUAGACCAACAUUUAAAAUCUAAAAAGUGUUUAGACAAGGUGAAUAUAAAAGUCUAUAAGAAUUUAAAAGAAGCUAAAAGAAUCCAAAAGAAGGGUCAGGAACAUUGGGCGAGUGUGGAAGAGCACAAAAGCUUGAUAUAUAAAGGCUUUAACUAUCAUUUACAGAACACUCGGAUAUGUUCAUUAAAGCUGAUUUGUGGCACAGGUCAUCCUCCUACGAAUCUCAAGCGCUGCUGUGCAGAACCUAGCAACACUAUACGUCGCAGCAGGAUCGGUAUCCAAGAGCAAAAGGGAGGUGUAAAAUUGUCCUGUGCACCCUGGGUACUUAUGAAGUAAUGGGGAAAUCAGACUAGUAAGGAUGUCUCUGGAAUACAGUGGUACCUCAGGUUAAGUACUUAAUUCGUUCCGGGGGUGCGUUCUUAACCUGAAACUGUUCUUAACCUGAGGUACCACUUUAGCUAAUGGGGCCUCCUGCUGCUGCCACGCCGUCGGAGCACGAUUUCUGUUCUCAUCCUGAAGCAAAGUUCUUAACCCGAGGUACUAUUUCUGGGUUAGCGGAGUCUGUAACCUGAAGCGUAUGUAACCCAAGGUACCGCUAUACAGGCACUGGAGAAGGACAUUCUCUAACGUUUCUAUUUGUCCCAAGUCCCAGGAGCAUUGUCUUCUGGGUAGUCAAUCUUCUGGUAUCAGCCUUCAAUGAUGGCCAAGGGGAGGGCAUGACAUCGAGCCAGGGUAAUAGCAAUUCUGUGUUUAGGGACUUCGAUUUUAGUUAGAUAUGCCCUAGGGGAGGCAAGGUGGAUUCCUUGGCAGUAAAAGUUGGAGUCCUGGCUAGAUCCAAUUGCUGUUCUGUGUCUACUACCUCAUACUGACUCAACCCAACUAUGCUGCCACUCCUCAGCCUGCCCCCAGACGACCAUUUUAGCAAUGGGUGGCCCAUUUCAAAUGGGAUCCAUGCUUGACUGCAUGACCAUAUAGUGUGUGUGUGUGUGUGUGUGUGUGUGUGUGUGUUGGGGAGCCCACAGGUAGCACUGAGCUGAGGGCCUCCCGAAGUCUGGUCCUUCCAAGGAUCCUCCAACCAUAUAUCUGAUGGUGGGUGGACGAAAGGCAGGGCACUGAAUGUUGAAUAAAGCGCUUUGAGCAGGUUUGUAUGAAGGACACCAUUCUUGAGAUACUCUUCCUAUCCCUUUCAUUACAAUCAUAUGCUCAAAUUAUGUCUUCUCGGCCGGAUAGGAUCACUACUAAACCCUGUUACUUUGGCAGAACAGAUGCUACCUAGAUUUACUGGAUUUUAGCAGUAAACCUCAGCUGAAAUGUUUGAGGAUGUCUGAAGGGACGCAGGAUAAGUUAAUAAGACCAGCGCAGCCUUGUCCUAUGAACCCUGUAUGUGCUCAGGAACUUGGACACUGCAAGUCCCAUGAUGCAGGGCACAAUAAAUCCACAAAACAACCCACAGGUCUGAAUAUUCUACUGAGAAGCCACUUGAUGAUUCCAGAUCAACAAUCCUGGCAACUGAUUUUUUUCCCUAGCAGGAAACAAAACAAUGGUUGUAAAAUCAGAGUUUUUUGCCAAUUUUUUUUUGGAAAUUUCAUGUAUGUCUGAUUCUGUUUUCUACUUUCUCUUAAUACCCCCCCCCCUUUCUUAUUGACUGACACAAAACAAUAAUGGAGAUAAUUGCUAGAAUUGUCAUUUCUGCAGCAAAGACUAGGGAAAGGGAUUUUGUUAAAUUUAUUCUAUCUCAGUUUGUGUCUGUCUUUGGCUAAUAGAAUUAUGAUAUAUUUUAAAACGGUGUAUGUGUACUUUUAGUGUUUUGUUUUUACCAAGUCUGUGUCUAUAUAAGAAAGUUUGUUGUCUUAUUCAUUCAACCCACAGAACCCCUCAUACUGCUUUGAUAUGCAAUGCUUUAGCCAUCUUUCCUUAUUGAAAUAUUUCAGUUCGUCACAAAUAAGGGAAACCCCUUUGUGAAUAAAACAACAUUUACAGAAAUGCAGAGUGGGGACAAUGUAAGGGAGGGAGACAGAGAAAGGUUUCAAGCAUGUGAAAUGAAGGAAACAAUCUCGUUUAAGCUGAUUAAUUUAAGAACCUUGAGGACUGAUGGGUUUGUGUAUUUAAAAGAAGAGACAUCACCAAAGUUUAUAGGCUCUGAAGAACAUGGACUUGUACAACUUUCAGGGUUCAGAUGCACUGGCGGAGGAAGAGGGGGGCGGGGGGAGCUCACUGCCCUUGGCAGUGCGAUCCUGGUGGGGUUCCAUUGCAGCUGUCCCCCUACCCACGCUGGGUGCCCCCCCCCUUUGGGCGGUGCGCCCCACCCCUGGGACGCACACCAGCCCUACCCCCGCCUGCUCUCCGCCCCCGGUGCUGGAGCAUGAAGCUCCGCCUCUGUUCAGGGAACCAGGCAGAGGGCCUUUUCGGUAGUGGCGCCCGCCCUGUGGAACGCCCUUCCAUCAGAUGUCAUAGCGAUAAAUAACUACCUGACAUUUAGAAGACAUCUUAAGGCAGCCCUGUUCAGGGAAGUUUUUAAUCUGUGAUAUUUUACUGUAUUUUUGGUUUCUAUGGAAGCCGCCCAGAGUGGCUGGGGAAACCCAGCCAGAUGGGCGGGGUACAAAUAAUAAAUUCUUAUUCUUAUUCUUAUUCUUAUUCUUAUUCUUAUUGCAAAUACCGCUGCAUGUUCCUCAAAAGUUGUUUUCUGACUGCAAAUUAAAACAACCACCAACUUCCUUCCCUGGUGCCUUAAAAUUUGCAUAAUAAUAAUAAUAAUAAUUUAUUAUUUAUACCCCGCCCAUCUGGCUGGGUAUCCUCAGCCACUCUGGGCAGCUUCCAACCAAAUAUUAAAAACAAUACAGCGUGCGACAUCCCAGAGAGCAAAAACCCUGGGAAAUGCAAUUUUGCCUAUAUUGACUGGCAGCAGUUCUCCAGGAUUUCAGACAAAGGAUAUUUCGAGCCCCACCAGGGGAGGGGGGGUUGAUCCUGAGCCCCCCGGCAUGCAAAACGGAUGCUUUACCACUGAGUUGCAGGCCUUAGUGCAAAUACUGGCAGAGAAACUCUAUUAUACUUUGCGCAUAUGGUCAUUAUGUGGCAAACCGUGGUUAACCCCCCCCCCCAUCCCCAGCAACAAGCCCAGACCAGCUGGAAGCUGAGUGCGAGAAGCAUGUUUGGCAGAAUUAGGUAUGUUCCUGGAUGCAUGUCAGGAUGUUUCUCAACAUGCUUUGCAGCCACUAGCUAGCGCUACCCUGCAAGGUCCAAUUUUUGUAAACCACAUCAGCCUAUUAGUAACUAAUGUAAUAUACAUGUCCAAACAAGUUAAAAUAAACCCCGGGAAUACAAAAGAGGCCAAUCCGUUCUUAAAAUUACUUCAGUCUGUUGGGCACACUUUCCCUGAAAAGCCAUUGUUCUUGCGUUCUGCCCUGGCUCGGGAUGAAAGCAGGCCUUUGAAGGCUGAGGGAGGUCAACCACGUCUACGGUGGUGGAGCUCUGACGUUACCUGCUCUGGGUAAGGGACUGCAGAAAAUAGGUGAGCCUGUGGGAAAUUAGUUGGGGAAAGAACACAAGGCUGGAUGGACAGUGCCUCCUAUUGUGGAGAGAGGACGGAUAACAUCUUCACAAUCAGGUGCAGAUGUGGUUUGGGUCAAUGUGCAGGCCAGAAGGAGCCCACAAAUGUUUGUCCAAAUCAAUAUUACUAACAUUAGGACCUCUUCACAUCACCGUCACCGUUCAUGCUAGAGCAGUGUUCUGCCCUAGCCCAGAUUUAUCCUGGAUGGCACCUGGAUUUAUCCUGGAUGACACCAUCAUCUUGCUGCAGAAGAAUAGCCUCAUCACAGGUUCCCCUUCCUUUAAAAAAAAUAAAAAUCAAGCAUGGCCAAAGUGUGCUAUAGCACUGGAAAGAAAAACAGCAUGUCAAAUAAUUAAAGAGACUGAGAAAAGAAAAAUUGUUCAUGAAAUGGGAGGAAACUGCCAGUGGGAUGAGAGGGAGGGAUAGUUGCUGGUAUCCAGCAGCUUAGGUUUAAUGUGUGUGCUUUGUUUUAUUUUAGAAGGCUGUUUCAGGGCUUCUGUUGGAUCAGUGCAACCCCCAAAAGGAAAUCAAAACACUUUUGGUAUUCUCAGAACGUUGCAUGCAUGAGAACAGAGUAUAUGGUUGUUCUUCACCAGUGAUGCCACAGUCACUAGCCAAUAGGUUCCCAUGGCAAUCACAUGACUCACAGCCUAUGAAAUUGCAAUGGCCAAGUGAAAACUUUGCAUUUAUUCUAGCCACAAUAAACUGAAGUAUAAGUGGCAGGGAAAACUGAAAUAUGAUGUAUCUGAAAAGACGCUAGGAAAUACUGUAAAGUUUCUGCCGUCUGUGAGGUAUUGAUUCUAGCUCUCAAAACACUGAACACAAGCAGGCCAUAUAGUGUUAUGAUCAGGCUGUACACAUUACUGGUGGUAUCUAUUUGAGUAAAGCUGCAACUAUACACACUUAUCUAAAUCACACUAGACCCAAUGAGGCUUACUUCUGAGUAGACAUGGCUAGGAUCCAUCCAUCCAUUCAUGGCAUAUCACAAAGUUCUCUGGGUGGCUCAAAUUAAACAAGAAAGAAAUAAUUUGAAUGCAAGUAAGAUAUAAACAUAAUGGCAUGAUUGUCUGUAAAUUGCAUUAAAGAGGGCCAAUGGGGUCAUAUCCUCAGAUUGCUCCAGAUUCUGAAGAGUACACAGGAAACCUGGACAACCUAAAAAGAUUCAUGCGAAAGAAACCCCAGGAUCUAACCAAAAUAUUUCAUCCCAAGCCUGUAAAGCGAAUGGUGACUUUUAUAGCACAAUCCUAUCUGCUUACUCAGAAACAAUUUCCGCUGUGUUGACUUGGUGCUUCCCCCCCCCCCCAUGUAAGUGUCUAGAACUGAAGUCUUUAGGAUUGCGUCAACGUUUUCGAGAAAGGAUAUGAUAGUGGGAUGGUUUCUUUAAGGAACAGUAUUUGGCAUUAAAUCCUUUGAAAUAAUAUUAUGCCGUGUGACAAGACUACAUUGGCAAACCCAUUUCUUUCACUGUGGUUAAGGGGGGAAAGAUACAUCCUUUGAGGGUAAUGAUGGCCAUCUGAAUCCCUAAGCUUUUUUCUUCUGUAUUCUUUAAAACCAGCUCCAAACUCAAUGCUAAAAGGUCAAACAAUAAAUGCUUUUGCUGUUGUUUGUAUUUCCAGGCUUAAUCAACAUACUUUUAUGCUUACACUUAAAAGAGCCAUCAACUGAGGAAUGGUAUUCUAGAUCAGCCCCUGCUGUGGCCACCAGUUCCUGGGUGGUAUAGGGUUUGAAUGACUUUUUAUUGGCAGUUUGGAUGAUAUACAGACAAGUCUCGUACAGCUCGGCGUUGUGAAUCUUUGCAGAUGGGACGCCCGGAGGAAAAUCGCAGCCUAAGUGAAUAGAUAUGCAACAUCUGAAGGAAUGGAGCCGUAAUCCUAAAUACCAACUCAGCAAAUAGCUUCCCUAUCAUGAAGGAUCUGUUUUUACUUACAGACAGCUCUGGAUAUAAUAUUAGUGCAAACAUUACACUACGCACACACACACACACACACAAAGAGAGGAACGUUUCGUUUAUGUGGGUCUGAAAUCCAGAUCCUUCCCACUCUAUAGGAUCGGAUUAAUUACCGAGUGAGCAGCCCGAAUCUAUCUGCUUGAAUAUCCAUUCAAAAUAUCUGGACGUAUUGGCCCAGCCUAGAAAAGUUUUGCCAUUUUUAUCCUGACAAAAUCCACCAAAUCAGAGAGACUUAAGCUAGUAACAGCUAACUUGCCCGAUGAUUUUCACCAGCGUUUAAACCUGGUUCAUAUAUUAACGGAUCUGCAUGUGAGCCAGUCCCAGGCAGAGACGGGGAGAAAUUCAUCGGGUAAUUUUCACUUCGCGAAUCAGUAAGCGAACUGAAGGUAGCUGUCGUGUGGAAUUUGUACUUUUCCCAAAUUUGCAAUGCUGUCCUCCCAACAUUAGGUGUGGCGAAAAGAAGUGGUGAAAAAUGUUAGGUUGCAAUGAGCUGGUGAGUCCCUCAGCUUUCAAAUCAGAGCCAGCUAGAUCAGAGCCAGUGAAUUUAAUGAGCACCAUGAAUGCAGCUGCAGCCCAUGUUCUGUAAAACCUCAGACUGGGGAGGGCAUGGAUUUGAUCCUUUAAGCAAGCACCUAAAUACCAGGAACAAAUGCUCCUUUGCUGUAAUAGAACUUCACCAAUGUCACUAUGGUUUUCUUUGUUUCGACUUUCACGGGCUCCAUAUGACACUUCACUAAAGAGUAUACAGUGGUACCUCCGGUUAAGAACUUAAUUCGUUCUGGAGGUCCGUUCUUAACCUGAAACUGUUCUUAACCUGAGGUACCACUUUAGCUAAUGGAGCCUCCCACUGCCGCCACACGAUUUCUGUUCCCAUCCUGAAGCAAAGUUCUUAACCCAAGGUACUAUUUCUGGGUUAGUGGAGUCUGUAACCUGAAGCAUCUGUAACCCGAGGUACCACUAUACCUUGGUAUCUGAAUGAACAAAUUUGUUCUACAGCUUGUGGAUCUAAACACCAUUUAAACCUGCCCUAAAUCCCACUGAAAUUAAUGGGCAACGUAAGUCAACCCAGGCCCUACCCCUCACUGGCUCAGCGGGAAUAUGUCCGUGAACUGAGGUAAUGCCCCUUGCUUGCCUAAAUAGAGGGUAGAGACAGGUAGGUGUGUUUAUAGAAACUUGCCCACUGUACAAAGGCAAAAUUUCCAUUCCUUGCUCCACGGUCUUUUGCCUCUGGUAUGUGGCCCUAGGGAGGUUGUCCAGAACAGAAUUUGGCCCUCAUGCUAACUGACUCUUAACUAUCAACCACGGAACAUACCCAGUACAUUUCAGAGAGCAAAUAUAGCAUCCGAAAUGUUAUACUAGGCAAAAUGUCUUUGUCUCUACAGAGUCAGAACUGUUUCAGACUCUCUGCCAAUGAAAAUAAUCUACAGAAAGGUAUUUCCCCGUUAUCCUCUGGAUUGGUCAUUUGAGGGUGCAAUCUUAUUCUCCCUUAUUUGGGAGUACUUAAACCUGAGUGGACAUGUAUAGCAUUGCGCUAUUAAAUUAUGGGCACAAUCCAGAUUUUCUUGGCAUUACACCCUUUAGUUAUCAUGUAUUCAACAGAGAUUUUGCUCCUUUCUUCCGAGGUUCUACUAUUUUCUGAAUUUAGUGAGUCUUAUCUUUACAGGAAGGGUUAUCUCUUACAAAUAUAUUUUCAGUUAUUAUGUCAGAGCAUUCGCUGCAAACCCUACAGCAUCCAAGAUUUUCAACCCUAGCUAGGAAGCCAAAAACCUGCAGGUUCUUGGCAUACAUUUAAUUUUCAAAAGUCUGCCUGCCAAGCAAAAGCUUUUGAUCAUGCACUGGUUGAAGGGUUUUUAAUUUAUGACCAAACUCUUACCCAGUAGCUAGUUCUUCUGCCUCUGGCUUCCACUUCUCCAUUCCCCCUAUAUCUCAUUGGCCCCACAUAGAGCUCAGGGAUUUGGGGCAGCGCAUGUGUUUGAGUGAGUGUCUGCCGAAGGCUGGAGACUAGUUAUAACUCAGUGUCCUCCAAUAUUUGCCAGACAAAAUAGGUGUACUUGUUUUACAUUAUAUGGUGGGAAAUGGCUCCUUGUAGCAGAGCAGAAACUAAUUGGAACAAGCAAAACACUUAUUUAUUUAUUUUAUUACAAUAUUGAAAUUUGGAGGCUUGGGAAGCUUGUUACACAAUUUAUGAAUUGUGGUUCACUCUUAUAAAACUGAGGGGAAAGAACAUCUAUUUCCAUCCUGCCAAUUCUAGAGAUGCUGAAUGUGACGUUGUCAGGUCUUUUUUUUUUUUGUUUUUUUAAAAAGAUGUGUUAUAUUUUUCACAGCAUCUGAUAGUUGCAAUGGUCAUCAUUCAAAAGGCCAUAUUCCUACCACAUCCUGCCAGCACAAGGGUCACCACUAGCAUGAUGGGACUUCCUUCCCUUCUCCCUGUAUUAAUAAACAAUCCAUCUUCGCAGGGAACUCUGUAAAUUUUAUCUCUGUGUGAGGAAUAGGGGGGUCUCCUAACAACUCUCAGCACCCUAAACAAAACUACACCUCCCUGAAUUGUCAGGGCAAAACCGUGAUGAUAUAGAGUGGUACCACAGUGUAAUAAUAAUAAUAAUAAUAAUAAUAAUAAUAAUAAUAAUAAUUUAUACCCUGCCCAUCUGGCUGAGUUUCCCCAGCCACUCUGGGCGGCUUCCAGCAAAAUAUUAAACUACAAUAACUCAUCAAAUAUUAAAAGCUUCCCUAAGCAGGGCUGCCUUCAGAUGUCUUCUAAAAGUCAUAUAGUUGCUUAUUUCCUUGACAUCUGGUAGGAGGGCAUUCCACAGGGUGGGCUCCUCUACCAAGAAGGCCCUCUGCCUGGUUCCCUGUAACCUCACAGUGAGAGAACCGCCAGAAGGCGCUGGACCUCAGUGUCCAGGCAGAACAAUGUGGGUGGAGACGCUCCUUCAGGUAUACUGGGCUGAGGCUGUUUAGGGCUUUAAAGGUCAGCUCCAACACCUUGAAUAGUGCCCGGAAACGUACUGGGAGCCAUUGUGGGUCUUUCAAGACUGGUGUUAUGUGGUCUCGGUCUUAAAUAUAUGGUGUGGAUGUGGCUUUACCUGCAUCCCAUCCUCUGGAAUAUUAUCAUGGCUUCCUCAGUGAGAAGAUCAGGAAAAGUUAACAUCCUUCCUUGAAAGGCAGGUAGCUCUACUACCUCCACUGUCAGAGGCACCUUGUCUUGGAAUUCCAGCUGCUGGGAAUCACAAGUGGGAGGAUGGCUGCUGUGUGCAAGCUUUCCAUAGCCAUUUGGUUGACCACUGUGAGAAGAUGCUGCUGGACUAAUUGGCUAGGCCUCUGGCCUGAGGAAGCAGACCACCCCGGACAGAACAAUCCAGAGGCUUUCUUCUGGAUGCACUGAUCUAGUUGCCAGGCCCAAGGAAGCUGGCAUGUUGCCAAGGCGAUGGAGGCGCAAUCCAGAUGCUUCUUUGGAGACCAGCUGCCUCUUGCCGGACUGUGCUGCCUGCCAAAGAUGGGAGGCCAAGGGGAGACAACCCUUGCAAUCGCUCUGCAUCCAGGAACCUCAUGCAUGCAGUCAGAGGAGAGUGUGUCUCUGUGCCAACGACACAGAUGUGCCAACCAAAGUUGGAAAAGUAGUAUGGUCUGCAGCUUUUUAAAAAAAUACUUGAUUAAAUAACAUUGCAUUUGGGGGUUGUUGCAAAGAUUUGUGUAUAUGUGUGUGUCCGCUUUUUAAAGCAUAAUAGUUUGACAUGCUAAAGAAAGAGCUCAUGUUAUCUGAAAUACAGAAAAGGCUAUUUUUAGGAGCCCUUUUCAGUAAAGCAAGCAAACAAACAAAUGUCCAUUCACUUCCUGUCGCUCUCCUCCCUUCAUAAUUCACAGUACCAGCCUUCUUGGAGAUGAUGGUAACACUUUUUGUGGAAUACCAUACAAUUUUUGUACUCAGAUGUGGCCCUCAGGCUGAAACAUUUGCCCGUCUCUGCUCUGACAUACUAUAUAAAUACUAAAAUCAAUGCUAAUGUGGAUGGCCCAUAGAUUUCAGUGGUGUGGAUGGACUGUGGGACUGCAGCCUUAUUGAGAAAGAAUCUUACAGAGGAGGAAUUGCAAUAGCUUAUGGAUGCUUCCCAGUUUAUUUCUGCCUUUUCAGCAAUUUUACAUCUUUCAACUCAUAUUUCACUGAGCGAUAUUUUUUGUCUGGUGUGCAGCAACCCUUGGAGACCCUAGCCAAUCUCAUUUCAAAUACUUUUUCAAUGCUGUUAUAUCCCUCUAUAUAACAAAAAUGUAAGAACAUCAUCAUGCAGUCCCCUAAGCAGGACCAGUGGUCAGGGAUGAUGGGAGCUGUAAUACAACAGCUGCUGGGGGCCGAAGCUUGUGAAACACUGCCUAGUAUGUGUGUAUGUGUGUACAUACACACACACACACACACACACAUUCAUCCUUAUUGUUAUCUCAGGAGGUGUUUUUAGAAUGCUUGUUCAGUCCCUCUGAAAUCAGUAUGGUUUCCUCACAAGUAAGCAAGCAUGGGCUUAUUAUACCAUGACACGGUAAUGAAGCUGCGGGAACAAGUGCACUUGGGAGUGUGACCCAGGUGUCCUUGCCAAUAAAGUUAUAAAUAGUACCCAAUUAAGAGCAAGAACAACAGAUGCUUCUUGUCUGAAAGCCAGAAAAGGACUUGUGAAAUGUAGAGGUUAUAUACAAGACCAGAGAGCUAUGUAUUCUUACACCAAAUAUUUCAUAAAGCGUGAAAUAAUAGUAAUCACUCAAGCAAGCCCAUAAGGAAAGGCGGGUUGGUUUUCUGUUUUGUUUUUCUCUUUCAGAUGGAAAACCUGCAGCAGUCAGAUGUUUCAUCCAAAGGCACACAAUCCAUCAGCAAUGGAGCCCAAGAGGACCAGACUUCUAAAUACACGAGUUUUUCCUUUCUUUGAAAAUGGGGCGACACUGUGUGUUCAAUACCUUUGCACCCACAUAAGGUAUGGACAAACCUGAUGUGUUCCCAUUGAAUUAUUCACACCCUAAGACCUCAGAAACCCCGACAAGUUGCUUCUUUCCCGCACACUUGCUCUUGUAGUUUGGCACGUGUUAGUUGUAUUAUAUCUCAAAGAUUGUCACUGUGGAAGAAAACAACUUGAAGCUUUCCCGUAGGAUGUCACCUCUUUCUUGUCAGCGAGGAACCCUGUGGUGCAGACUUCCUGCACAGCAGAGGACUGAUGCCUCAGCUGACGAAAUAAGCCGCACCUACCUACAUAAAACACUCCUUACAGCAUGCAAUAACUUACUAUUCCAGCCAGGUCAGUGAUGGAGUAAUUCCAUUUUAACCUAUGAUGCCUUGAACGGUUAAAGAACAUACCUUAGAGCAGAGGAAAGCAGAUUUCAGGCUUGCAGGAUCUACCUUGGUGUUUUGUUUUUUAAUCCACCAACUGAAGCCUGUUGCAAAAACUACACAGUGAGAAUGAAAUUCUGAGUGCAGGAAUUUGUUUUGAGUACCAAAACUGAACGGAGUACACUGGUGUAAUGCGAAGGACGCACUCUAGAAAUACGUUUUUAAAUGGAAAGUCUCUGAAAACACAUUCCCAUGUUACCUCACCCUAUUUCAGCAGGAUAUUAUUGGAGGUAACUUUAUUGUUAUACCUCAGGCAUCUUUGCCAAUCUACUUCAGCUCACCUGGAAUCUGUCAAUAGAUUCCGAUCUACAUUCUGCCACUCCUGCCUUAGAGAAUUCCCUUUCCAAAGGGUUGCCAGAUUGGAGAAGCUCCUCUGUACCUUUAGUAAUUCUGGAGCUACGAAGGAAGAGGGAGCUACCUAACUUAUUGUCUGCUCCCAUCACAUAUGCUGGGCCACUAAAUGAGAACUCUACCCUGUCCAGCAGGUGGAGAGAAGGAAGAAUGACAGGACAGGGGUAAGGUAACCUUGGCCACACAUUUUCCUUCAGCUUUGUUGACAAAGAGACAAUGGAGUUCUCUAGGUUGCAGCUACCAGGAUCUGUGUAUGAUGGGGUUUAUACAGCAUAGUAUAUGCUAAACACAAACUCAUAUGUUCACAACAAACUCUUUCUCUGAGUGUGGGUCCUUAGAAAGCCAAAAUGGUACCAGUUGGACAUGAGCGGAAGAUAUCUGCUUGGGGGAAUUUGAAGAUUUGCAGGAGUACAGAGUCUAUUUCCAAACACACAGAGGGUAUGAAAUAGCCCAUUGACAACUGAGCAUAUUGCAUGGGCAUGGAAUACUGAUGGGGGAGGAUGGAAAAUGGAUGGAUGGAUGUGUGCUGGCACACCGUCGACCAAGACAGGGCUGGCCAGAACUCUGAACAGGAGCACUCUGCAAUGUAACAUUUUGUUGUAGCUCUUACUUAUUGCUGUAUAGUGAAAAAUGUCACAUUCUGAGAUAGGCUAUGGGUGCCUUUUCAUGCCUUCAUGAACCUUUUAAUUCCCCAUCCCUCUGCAUAGUUACAUUCUCCACAACCAAGCAACAUGAGCACAACAAUAGGCACCAUUUUGAGAUGUUGAGUUCACUGCUGUGGCUUCCUGUGGAACGCUAAUGAAGUAGGAGUGCUAACCCUUAAAAUAAUGGGUGUGGAAAGCAAAUGGAACAGUACAGCACCCCACCCAAACACAGCCUAAUUUCUUAAAGAAAGGAAAAAGAAGAAAGAGAGAGCAUUUUGGCUACUGCUUUUGUUGGGAUCACUAAGAGACUAACACAAACCACCCACCAGUUCUAGUUAGGCUCUGUUGUACUGCUUGAAAUAUUCUGUCUGAACUAGUACCCAAGAGAGUCUAAGAUUAGAAGCAGAAUCUUCUUCUAAAAGAAAUAAAAUGACUGUGUUUCUUGGCCAUGAAUGUAAGAUACCAGAUGGUUUUGGAAGAAUAUUAAACAGAAGACAAAUUCUCCUGGCAUGCCUAAAUUCAUCUAGGGGUUGUGUUUAUAUUUAUAACAGAGCAUGUCUUUUGAGGCAAAAUUUGUCCAUAUCGUCAGUUCUAGUCACUAUAAAAAUGUGAGCUGGCUAAUAAAAAGGGAAACACAGAACCAGGGCAUUUUCUAAAUAUAAAAAAGGUCGGCUGGUAAGGAAGGGGCUUGCUGUCUGCCCCCUUUCCUCUGAAGACAAAGAGACAACUGUGCGGAGCUCAAAUGGUUUGUGACUCCUGUUAAGCUCACAAAACUGAUAACAUUUAGAAGAGACUCCUAGUUCAAACAGUCGCUUUCUAAGACCGCAGGAUACUGUCCCCCAGGGGCAGCCACUUGUUUGAAAGGACCCUCCAGAGAAAAACUGUCUGUGCUGCAUGACAAAAUGUACCUGAAAAAGAACGUGUGCCUCUUGAAGGAACAAGGUUUGAUGCAGAACACUUUCAAAGGAGUAGCAUCCCACAUUAAACAAACCCAGAGACACAGGAUUCAUACCCCAAAGAUUUAAAACCCACCCACUCAAAAAUAUUGGGAACUAUAGUUUAAGAAUUCUGAAAAGUGUGUCUCUGUGAGGGGUAAAUUGCAGUUCCUGGGAUUCUUUUUGGGUGUGUGUGCUUUAAAUGUAUGGUGCAUAUGCAGCACUAGGAUCUAUUGAUACAUAUAUACACAUACACAUACACAAUACACACCAGACCACACCUGCCCAUUCCCUUAGGUUGGAUCCAGUGGUAUCCUCACAGGCCCAGAGGGCUUUUCGAUCCAGUGAAGAUUUUUGUCAAUGGAAUGGGGAGUGAGGCCAUUUUUGUCGGUUCCCCUUCUCCCCUGUAGCCUUCCCACACCAAAUCAGUUCCAGAUGAACCUUUUGGGACAGCUUGACCUGGGGGGCAGGGGAAUCAGAAGACAUUGCCCCCCUCCCCAUUGUUGUUGUUGUUGUUUGGUAGUUUAGUCAUGUCCGACUCUUCGUGAACCCAUGAACCAGAGCACACCAGGCACUUCUGUCUUCCACUGCCUCCCAUAGUUUGGUCAAACUCAUGCUCGUAGCUUCGAGAACACUGUCCAACCAUCUCGUCCUCUGUCGUCCCCUUCUCCUUGUGCCCUCCGUCUUUCCUAACAUUAGGGUCUUUUCCAGGGAGUCUUCUCUUCUCAUGAGGUGGCCAAAGUAUUGGAGCCUCAGCUUCACAAUCUGUCCUUCCAGCAAGCACUCAGGGCUGCUUUCCUUAAGAAUGGAUAACUUUGAUAUUCUUGCAGUCCAUGGGACUCUCAAGAGUCUCCUCCAGCACCAUAAUUCAAAAGCAUCAAUUCUUCAGCGAUCUGCCUUCUUUAUGGUCCAGCUCCCACUUCCAUACAUCACUACUGGGAAAACCAUAGCUUUAACUAUACAGACCUUUGUUGGCAAGGUGAUAUCUCUGCUUUUUAAGAUGCUGUCUAGGUUUGUCAUCGCUGUUCUCCCAAGAAGCAGGCGUCUUUUAAUUUCGUGACUGCUGUCACCAUCUGCAGUGAUCAUGGAGCCCAAGAAAGUAAAAUCUCUCACAGCCUCCAUUUCUUCCCCUUCUGUUUGCCAGGAGGUGAUGGGACCAGUGGCCACGAUCUUAGUUUUGUUCAUGUUGAGCUUCAGACCAAAUUUUGCGCUCUCCUCUUUCACCCUCAUGAUCACCAAAGAAUUGAUGCUUUUGAAUUAUGGUGCUGGAGGAGACUCUUGAGAGUCCCAUGGACUGCAAGAAGAUCAAACCUAUCCAUUCUUAAGGAAAUCAGCCCUAAGUGCUCACUGGAAAGACAGAUCCUGAAGCUGAGACUCCAAUACUCUGGCCACCUCAUGAGAAGAGAAGACUCCCUGGAAAAGACCCUGAUGUUGGGAAAGAUGGAGGGCACAAGGAGAAGGGGACGACAGAGGCCGAGAUGGUUGGACAGUGUUCUCGAAGCUACCAGCAUGAGUUUGACCAAACUGCAGGAGGGAGUUGAAGACAGGAGUGCCUGGUGUGCUCUGGUCCAUGGGGUCACGAAGAGUCGGACACGACUAAACGACUAAACAACAACAAUUCCUCCUCACUUUCUGCCAUCAAGGUUGUGUCAUCUACAUAUCUGAGGCUGUUGAUAUUUCUUCCGGCAAUCUUAAUUCCGGCUUGGGAUUCAUCCAGUCCAGCCUUUUGCAUGAUGAAUUCUGCAUAUAAGUUAAAUAAGCAGGGAGACAAUAUACAGCCUUGUCGUACUCGUUCCCAAUUUUGAACCCCUCCCCAUACUACUGACAAAAGCCUCUGCUGGAUCAAAAGAUACUUUUGGCAGUUCAACAGACACCACUGGAUCAUACAACCCACAAGCUGCCAUUGACCCUCGUUGCAAAGAUACUGAGAAAAUGCAACACAACCCUCAGAACAUUCCAAAGUGCCAUAUAAAUGCCAAGUGUGUGCUUGUUGUUACACUGAGCAGGUAGCAAUGAGGUUUUAUCACGCAUCAGGUACAAAAGCUCUGGUAACGAAAGGGCUCCCAUCUAAUCUUCAGCAACUACGAGGACUGACAGUUGCAUAAAUACAUUUCCACAAGGGAUAGGUGCCAGAGAACCAGCCACAGUUGUAAAAAGUCAAGCCAAGAUAAACUUCACUUAUUUAGUUCCAGUUCUACAAUGAUGAUAUAGUACAGUUCUGGAGAUUUAAAAAAAAAAGAGAGAUUAAAAUAAAUUAAAAUAACAAUAAUUCAACACACCGAUUAACAAUGGCUUAAAUCUGUAAAUAGCUUAAGGAAGUAGAGUAAACCAAAUAAUCACAGAGGAACUAAUAAUAUCUUCAGAGGCACAAGAUUUGUUUAGACUGUGAUAGAUGGGACACAUUUUUAAUCAAUCCGUAGAGAGGGGCUAUAGAAAAACAUAAACCUCUUCAGCUGAGGGCAAGUAUGGUGUCCAUGAUAAUGAGAGCAGAUGCAUCCAAAGGAUACAACCAAUUUUCUCAAAGAAGCCGCAUUUCUUCCCCCACUUUGUGAUACGUAAGGCUAAUCAGUUGACUAUUGCAUCUUUCCAAAGGCAGAAGGUUAUAUAACUGUGUUUCAUAUUAUUCAGUAGUCCAAUGCUAUUUGUUGGGGUGGGUAUAGGGACCUCAGCCAUUGUCCUAAAUCAACGAUGGGGUACCUGUGGUCCCCAGGAAGCUGCUAGAAUCCAACUCCCGUCACCUUGGGCCAUUAUGACCAAUGGCUCUAGCAACGUCUGGAAGGCCACAGUUUUCUGGUGUCCAUCCUAAAUCUUAACAUUACUGGUAACGUUUAGACUGGGUGUAUGUGCCUCAGGUCUAAUUUUGUUUUUUUUUUUAAAUCAUAUUUAUUAAAGUUUCCAAAAAUAUAAAAAUACAAAGAAAAAAGACAAAAGAAAGAAGAUAUUUAAAAACCUUACUUUCAUUCCCUACUUUCUGGGACUCCCCCCCCGCCCCAAUUGUAUUCCCCUUUCCUUAAUUUGGUUCUACAAGCUCUCACUCCCAAAUUUAAAGCUUAAUUUGUUUAACCCACUAUCCAAAUUGAAUUGUACAAAUCUUACCACCGUCCCACAUCAUUAACAGAAAAGAAAAAAGAUUUUCCCCAAGAUCCACCCCAGUUCCUUCCACAAAUUCCUUUUUUUUAAACACGUCCGAUCAAAGUAAAAUAACAUGCGUAAGUUAUGUAAAGAAAUAGAAAAUAAGAGAUAUAGAAAAAUUCAAAAAUGGUUACACAGCCUUUGGAUUUCAAAUCUCCCCCCUUCCCGGUUUGAAUUCCCCAUGUCCAUCAGUCUAUACAUUAUCAGCUUGGAAGUCUCAUUUCAUGACCAGAUUUCUCCCCGAUUCCAUCUUGCCGGUUUUCUUUUAGUUUAUUAAUUUAAAUAAUAUUUGACUUCAAAUGUCCAAUCUAACAAAGGCCUUUAAUUUCCUUGAUCUUUACCACUCCUCCCGUUGUUCUUUCCGUGUCGUAAUCAGUCCUUUAUUCUUCUUAUUCCUCACUUUCUCAGGUUUCUUGUCCUGUUCAGCUGCUAAAACUUUCUAAUUCAGAAAUCUAGUGUCUCUGCAGAGGUUUGUUAUUCAGGAACAAAAACUUACGUCCAGUCCCUUUCUUUCUUCAAUAAAAAUUCCAUUGUCUUCCUCUGUAGACAAAAUACUCUUUCAGUUUUGCAGCUUUCCCAGAAGAUAACAAAUCCUGUGCGAAUCCCAGGGUAUUUUUCCACUUACGACCGUUCUUGUAGUAUCCUGAAACCCCUCUAGGGGAUUGUAAUAACUUUGUAUCCUCUAAUCCAAAAGUCAAAUUGUUGCUUAUUUUCCAACAGUUUAUAUCCAUAUUAUAGCAAAUUGUAGCAAAAUUAACCAGCAAGGUCCUCAUAAAGUCCUCUUUAUAUUCUCCAGCUUUGACAGCCACUUUGACAGCUGUCAAAGUCUCCGUCUCUCUUCACCAGGCUCCACGAAUCGCCCCGGUUCCCAGGGGGGGGGUUGCAUUUUUCUUCUCACCCUCCACUCUUCUCCUCCAGCACAUUUCUUAUAAUUUCCCAUCGUGAAAUUAAUGAUUUUUAUCAGAGACAUACUUCCCUUUGGACCUUGGUUACCCAGUCCUUGUUUUGGAAUGCUUACAAUAGGGGGAUUGACUUCCUUUUAAAUCGCCCCGCUCGUGCCAAAUCCAAAAUUUUGAACCCGGUUUCCCAAUUACUCACGGGUUGUUGUUAAUAGUCCAAAUUUUCAAUAGAAGAAGUCAGCGCUCUCCGUCGAAUGGCAUGCGGCUGCGCUCGGCAGGGAAAGCAGUGGACUCAAAGCACCACGCCACUCCCGGCACCCGAUCCGAAGCCUUUAAAAGGCUCCUUCACGAGUCGGGAGGGCGCUAAUGGUGCAAGCCGAGUCACCCAUGUCCACGGACUCCGUGCCCGUGGUUUUUAAGGGUCCCCGCGUCGCCGGCGCGGUAGGACCCAGCCCCUGCCGAGCAGACUCCCUCCAGAGCUCGGAGGGAGUCCGCCAUUCGGCGAUGGCGCUAACCCGGAAGUCCCUCAGGUCUAAUUUUGAUUUCAGUGGGUCUUCUUUGAAUCUCCAUCAGCACCAUACACUUAAAGCAGUAUCACACCAUGUUAAACUGUCAUGGCUUCUUCCCCCAAGUAAUUCUGGGAAGUUUAGUUUGUUAAGGUGCUGAGUGUUGUUAGGAGACACACACACAGCUACAAUUACCAUGGUGCUUUAACAAUCAAUCCUUCUUCCCAGGGAACUCUGGGAAUUGCAAGUCUGUGAGAGGAAUGGGAGUCCCCUAACAACAACAAAAACAACAACAAAUUAAAUCUGUAUACCACCCUUCAUCUGAAGAUCCUAGAACGGUUUGCAGCAUAAAAAUACAAAAUAAAUAUAUAAUAAAAAAGGACAAACCACAACAAUCCCAGGAUUCCUUGAGGGAAGCGGUGACUGUUAAAGUGUUUUACGUGUAUGCAGCAGAUGUGGCCUUAGUACCCAAACAACUUGGCUAGCCUUGAAUGCCAUGUACCCUGACUUGGGGAGGGAGCAGGUAACAUUGGAUAUUGAACCUCAGGCAGCAAAAUGUAUUGGGCAUGUUAAGUUGUGGGUGAACAUAUCAGACGACACAGCGAUUCUUCAAACAGCUCUUGUUUAUUCACAGGCCAGAACAGAACUGAACUGAAGGGUUCAGCCAGCCUGCUUAUAUAGAGCUCCACUAGAACGCAACAGUAACCACUUUCUGUAACUAUCCAAUCACUGAACAUCACUUUCAAUCCCUUAUUUGCAUAUGUGGACCUGAGUGAAAACUAUCUACAGUAUCCCCCUGCUGGCGCAGGGUGAGAACUUCAGUACAUAACAGGGCAGGCCUUUUCCCCAGAUUCGGUCCCUGGUAGGAACACAAGGAGCGGGCAUAAGAUGAACCUGCUGAAUGAGGCCAAUGGCCCAUCUAGUCCAGCACCCUGUUCUCAUAGUAGCCUGCUAGAUGCCUGUGGAAGUCAGCAAGCAAUCCUAACUAAAGGAAUUCAGCAUGAAUUUGGCAAGCCAAUGCCAGCCAGAGAGGGCUUUUGAGUAAGGCUUCAGUUCCAGCCUGCGGUGUGUGAUUACUAGGCCUUACUGCCCAUUGGAUUGGCUUAAAACAGCAGGCUUUGUGCCAGUGCCAGCUUCAACACCAUUCGCGUUAAUAUACAUUUAACAUGGGAGUUAAAAAGAAAGAGAAAAAGAAACUGUGGAGCAAUAGAUUCAUUUAUUAUUUUGAUGCCUAAGAAGAAGGCAGAUAAGGAUGAGAACAACUCCAGACCAAACUAGGGACUGGGCUUUGCAAGGAGAAGGACAACAUGUAUCUUCCUGCACAGAUACAGAUACCAAAUAAUUCACACAGCAGACUUUGAGAAUGCAGAAGCUUGAUAAGGAAUUUGAGGAGAGGAGACAGAAGCUGGCAAGGUUACUACUCAGUUUGUGGUUACAAAGGGGAUUGGUAAAAGGCCUGCUCUGCAAUUUCAUUUUAUCUUUUUGUCAGCACGCUGCCCCAGUCUUCACUGGUGCGGGUUAAGCUCCCUUCUACUCCAGCUUUCUAAAAUGGGCAAGUCAGGCUGACCUCUGUUUUCAAGUUAGAUGGGGAUUCUUGAAGGCUAUUGCUGAGGAGGACUCUGGAGCCAAGGACUUGUUGCUGUUAUUGAGAAACAAUUCUGAAGAGAGGCUGAAAGUGGGGCAAAUUUCUUUUAGGCUGCUUCAGUGAAUCUAGCAGCAUGUUUAGAUUUGCUUCGCUACAUGCCAGUGGGCCUUGUGCAAGGCAGUGAGGUCAGAUCCAAAAGGCAGGUCUCGAUGUUGAUGCAUGCUGAACAUGGUUCUGAAGCAGGCCUGAGAUUUACCCUGGAUUUUGUGCUUACUAAACCUUGCUGCCAAUCUGAGUUCCUUAAACCGCAGGGCUGCUGUAAACUGCCCAGAUUGGUUGGGGAAACCCAGCUAGAUGGGUGGGGUAUUAAUAAUAAUAAUAAUAAUAAUAAUAGCAAGGAGCCAGGAGUGAAACCAUAAGUAGACUGACCAGCUAGCUGAAUCAAAUUAUAUUGCUAUGGGGGGGGGGGGUUAAAUCUCUAACAUUUUACUUUUUGAUACUUCCAGUUUUUGA